UUCAUUGAAUUAUCCGAAAGUGAAUUGUUGUUUUUGUUUUCUUAAAUUUUCAAAAAGCAAACAAAAAAAAUUCAAAGGCCUUGAAAGCCAUCAACGGGAAAAAUGUAUAAUUUUAAAACAAAUAUUCUACAUUAUGUAUUGAUUAAUAUGUUGAUUAGAGAAAUUGUUUCGGCAGGAUCCGGACCUGUUCUAAUUAAAAUGGCUGGUGAUAAAAAGGGUAAUAAAAAAGGUGGUGGUAAUUUGAUAUUGAUUUCGGGUGGAAAAUGUGGCGGUCCAACAUUGAUCAAAGGUGGUGGUGGUGGAAAAAAAGGCGGCGGUGAACAAAUGAUUUUAGUUGGCGGACAAGGAAAUUGUGAGGAGAAAAAACAAGUUCAUGUUGUCAAACAAAUAGUACCGGUGCCUUAUUAUAUACCAAAACCGGUAUAUAAAUAUAUACUUCGUCAUCAUUAUGUACCUGUACGACAAUAUAUUAUGAAACCAGUUCCGGUACCAUAUCCAAUGAAAAGUUAUAGUAAAUCAUCAUAUGGUGGUAGUCAUGAUUCUGGUUAUGGUAGUGGUGGUGGUGGUAGUACUUAUAGUAGUGAUAGUUCAUCCAAUUAUGGAUCAUCAUCUAGUUAUGAUUCCGAUUCAUCAUCAUCUAAAUAUGGUGGUGGUUAUGGUAACGGAAAUGAUGGUAGUGGAUCAUCAGAGAGUUAUGGUAUGAAUUAUGAUGAUCCAAAUGGUAAUGGUGGAUCAAAUGGUAAUGGUCAAAUGACUGCUGGUUAUCAACGACAAUCAUAUGAUUCAACACCAUAUCCAGUUCAACAACAACAAUCAAUGAUGAUGGAUAAUCAACAAGGAGUCGAUGUUGGAUCGAAUGGUGGUAGAUCAAAUAAUGAUUAUCAAAAUGGAUUAACACAUGGACAUUCAUCAAUGGGUCCAUAUAAAGCGGCGGCAACAAAUAGCUAUUAUUUUGAAUCACCAACAUCAUCAUAUGGUCAAUCAUAUUCAUCAGCAUCGGAAUACCCAUCAAGCAGUAUGAAUAGUCCAUUAUAUGCACCUGUUUAUAGUGGACCGAAUGGAAGAUAUUAUACAACAAAUCAAAUGUUUAAUGAUACUAAUGGUGGUUCAACAACGAAUCUAAUAUCACCAUCUACAUCAUCAUCCACAUAUGGAACAAUUUCUGUACAACCAACGGCAAUUGAAUCCGAUUCAAACGCUAGUCAUUUAACCGGUGUAUCAUCAUCAUCUUCAACAUCAUCAAGUCAUACGAGUUCAAUACAUUCAUCACCAAAUGAUUUUCUACGAUUACAACCGCAUUCAUCAUACGAUCGAUCAUCAGCAUUUUCAAGUAAAAAAAUAAGAUCCAAAUCAGCCAAAAUGGAUCUUGAAAGAACGAAAAAAUUAUUAAUCGAUUCAUUUUCACCAUUAGGAUUGAAUGAAUAGUGUUGAAAAAUAAUUCAAUUCUAAAUGAAUAUUCACAAAUAUGAACACAUUUACAUAAUACACAAUUAUCAAUCAAUCUAAAUAACUAAUCUCAAACCUCGACCUUAAAUCCUGAAAAUCCUUGAAUCCAACAAACAUACACUCACACUUACCAUGAUUAUCAUUACCAAACUGAUCAUCUUCAGUGCCUUUUUUCGUUUUUCUUCAAUUUCUCUAUUUUUUCAUUUUUUUUCUCUCUCUUAACGUUAUUUCAUUUUCACAUGAAAAAAACUUUACCAAUU